AUGCAAAUUAUUAACCAAGGUGAUAAGUACAACCCGUACGCACCGUUUGGCGAUUUCCUGCAAGGCAAAUUACUAAAAUCAUCUCGCACCAUUGAUAAAACAUACGAUGAUUUUAAAGAAUAUUUGGACGAUAAGCAGAAUUUAGAGAAAACUUUCAAAGAAUUUAAGUACGAAUUCAACAAAUCGUAUGAAUCAAGCGAAGUGGACCGCCAGAGGGAACAGAUAUUCCGGGACAACAUGUUGCGAGUGUACGGACACAACUUGAAAGCUCUGGACGGCAAGUAUUCGUAUACAUUACGGGUCGGUGUGGACGCGGAUUUGACUCCUGACAAGUUUAGACAGAAUCACACGCGUUGUCCGUUCGCACUGAACCGACCCAUAGGUCACUCUAAGUCUCACUCGACUUCUGUUGACUCCCACACCGGCGAUAAGAGCGGUUAUUAUACGCUGAUAUACGGCGAGGGAGUGCUCAGCCACCCGUGUGAGGCCACUCGCAUGCAGUUAAAUGAUUACUAUCACACAGUUCUUGUGGUCGGUUACGGAUAUGACAAAGAGUUGGACAGACACUACUGGAUUGUCAAGAAUUCUUGGGGCGACCACUUGGGCGAAGGGGGUUACAUACGGUUGCAUCGUAACGCCACCACCAAGUGUCCACUGUUUGAGAUAUCAUUCCAACUGCCGUACAACACUGGCCAGUUUCCAGGUCCAACUUUGACCGCAUUUAAAGAGGACUGGGGAGACGGCGGGUUCAUCUAUAUGCGCAAGGAUGCCGGCAAUAGGUGCCAUGUUGCCGACCAUUGUGUCCAGAGACGAGGCCAUUAUUGGUAUUCUAGUGAUGAGGACAACCCGUACGCACCGUUUGGCGAUUUCUUGCAAGGCAAAUUACUAAAAUCAUCUCGCACCAUUGAUAAAACAUACGAUGAUUUUAAAAAAUAUUUGGACGAUAAGCAGAAUUUAGAGAAAACUUUCAAUGAAUUUAAGAACAAAUUCAGCAAAUCGUAUGAAUCGAGUGAAGUGGACCGCAAGAAGGAACAGAGAUUCCGGGACAACAUGUUGCGAGUGUACGGACACAACCUGAAAGCUCUGGACGGCAAGUAUUCGUAUACAUUACGGGUCAGUGGGUUCGCGGAUUUGACUCCUCAGGAGUUUAGACAGAAUCACACGAAUUGCACGUUCGUAAUGAACCGACCCAUUGCUUACUAUAAGUCUAACUCGGCUUCUGUUGACUCCCACACCGGCGAUAAGAGCUGGUCAGUUGAUUGGCGCGAUCAAGGAGGUAGUUGUGGAUCAUGUACAUUGUUUGCAAUGGCAGCACUGGUAGAGAGUUAUUGGGCCCGUAGUGGCCACGGAGUCACAACGCUUAGCACUCAACAAAUGCUCGACUGUUACCAUAACUCUUCCUGUCAAGGAAAAGGUAUAUGUGAUCGGGAAAGGGAGUCGAAACGAGUGGCGACAAUAGGAGAAGUGAGUGUAAACUAUCCUGAAAGCGAAGACUCGCUCAUGAGUCUCGUGCGCGAUAACGGUCCGGCUUUCGUGGUCGUACACACGGGCAUUGACUGGGAUAUAUACGGCCAGGGAGUGCUCACCCACCAGUGCGAAGCCAAAAGGAUACAGCGGAAUGAUUACGAUCACGCGGUUCUUGUGGUCGGUUACAGAUAUGAUAAAGAGCUGGACAGACACUACUGGAUCCUCAAGAACUCUUGGGGUGACACGUGGGGUGAAGGAGGUUACAUCCGGUUGCAUCGUAACACCAUCACAAAGUGUCCAUUGUUUCCAUUUUCAUACCAACUGCCGUACAACACUGGUCAGUCUCCGGGUCCAACUUUGACCGCAUUGAGAUUAGAGCAUAAACUGAAAUAUGAGCAAAAUCUGGGAUUUCUGAUUGUCAACCCUUUGUCCAGUUGUUGGUAUUCUAGUGAUAAGCAGAACCAUAAUAAAAGUACUGAAGGUGAUAUAAGUACUAAUAUCACUGAUAAGGACAACCCGUACGCACCGUUUGGCGAUUUCUUGCAAGGCAAAUUACUAAAAUCACCUCGCACCAUUAAUAAAACGCGUGAUGAUUUUAAAGAAUAUUUGGACGAUAAGCAGAAUUUAGAGAAAACUUUCAAUGAAUUUAAGAACAAAUUCAGCAAAUCGUAUGAAUCGAGUGAAGUGGACCGCAAGAAGGAACAGAGAUUCCGGGACAACAUGUUGCGAGUGUACGGACACAACCUGAAAGCUUUGGAUGGCAAGUAUUCGUAUACAUUACGGGUCAGUGAGUUCGCGGAUUUGACUCCUGAGGAGUUUAGAAAGAGACACACGAAUUGCACGUUCGUAAUGAACCGGCCCAUAGCUCACUAUCAGUCAAACUCGGUUUCUGUUGACCCCCACACCCGCGAUAAGAACUCGUCAUUCGAUUGGCGCGAUAAAGGAGUAAUUGGACCUGUGCAGGAUCAGGGUAGUUGUCGAUCCUGUGCAUUGUUCGCAAUGGCAGCACUGGUAGAGAGUUAUUGGGCCCGUAGUGGCCACGGAGUCACCGCACUUAGCCCGCAACAAUUGCUUGACUGUUACCCUGAGGCUUCAUGUAAAUGCGGAGUGAAAGUGGGACAAUAUCUCUCACUUUUAUCCUAUAUUCAGAAAAAUGGUUUGACAUCAUGGGAAAACUAUCCAUAUACUGCCGAGAAAGGUGUAUGUGAAAGGGAGUCAAAACCGGUGGCAACAAUUGGGGAGCCGAGAGAAGACUAUUUUGUAAGCCAGAACACUCUCAAGAGUUUCGUGCACGAUAACGGGCCAGCAGUUGUGGUCGUACACGUGGGCAUUGACUGGGGCAUAUACGCCCAGGGAGUGCUCACCCACCAGUGUGAAGCCAAAAGGAUUGAGUGGAAUGAUUAUAAUCACGCGGUUCUUGUGGUCGGUUACGGAUAUGAUAAAGAGCUGGACAGACAGUACUGGAUCGUCAAGAACUCUUGGGGUGACGCUUGGGGUGAAGGAGGUUACAUACGGUUGCCUCGUAACGCCCCCACAAAGUGUCCACAGUUUCCAGUAUCAUUCCAACUGCCGUACAACACUGGUCAAUCUCGGAGUCCCACUUUGGCCGCACUGUUUGUGUCUAUCAUCAUUGCCAUUCACUCUCUUUGAAAGUUUAUGAGUCUUAAGACGUGUUGAAUGAGCUGGCUCACAGCCAUACUCAACCAUUAUAAUUUGUUAUAAAACUAAUGUUACAAUAAUAUACCUUUAAAAAUUAAUUAAUCAACAUUUUAUUUUCUUACAACAGAUAAAAAAAAGUAGAUUUAGUAGUACUUUACUAAUAAUCUAGUAGAUUAGAACAUAAACCGAAAUAUGAGCAAG